GGAACUCAAGUGUUUCGGGUCACUGUGUGAACAGGAUGCUCUCAGUUCAGAGCUGCACCAGGAGGAAUAUGGCUGCCGGCUCUCCUCCUGCUUUACCGGGCUUCGGCAACUCCGGAAAGAGUUUUCUUAUUGACAAUCUGCUGCAGUCGCAGACGCCUUCGGCACGUCCAGACGGGACGGCAGGUGGACACCUGAGACGGGCAGCGUGUGAACGCCCGAGGAGAAGCUGGGGCUCUGAGCAUGGAGCCUACCAGCACCAGGCCAGCAGUCCCCAGCAGGGGAAAGACUUAGGAGGACAUCUUCUGCCUCACUCAGGUGUACUGAGCAGUGUUUUCCUGCGCAGCCCGCAGUAUCUGCUGGCAUGCUGCGGUGGGUCCAGCCCUCCCCCUGUCUUCUCCAAGGGAGCAAAUAUUCGAAUGUGGUCUGCUGAUAUAAGUCCUAAAUCACGCCGAGGGAUCCUUAGGAGGGCUGUGUUCUCCGAGGAACAGCGGAAGGAGCUGGAGAGAACUUUUCGGAGACAGAAAUACAUCAGCAAGACGGACCGGAACAAACUGGCAGCUGAUCUCAGUCUCAAGGAGUCACAGGUGAAGAUCUGGUUCCAGAACCGCCGAAUGAAGUGGAGGAACUGUAAGGAAAAGGAGGUUCAUAACACUCGCUCCCCGAUGGAUGAGCUCAUGGCCCGAGGUCUUGCUCAGGAGGAGGAAGACGAACCAUCGCAGAGCCACUCUGACUCAAAGAGUGAGAGAUCAACACCACAGAAGAGAGUCUGGGACACAUGAGAGGCUGGAGGGAGUGGAAAGUGAAACCAAUGACUUUCUCAAAUCCACAAAAAAAAACCUGUAAAAAAAGGCUACAGUGCUGGGAGGGAGGAGACUAACAAUGAUAUUAACUUUUCAAUGCAUGUAUAACUGUCUUGUUCCAUCAUAAAUGUAUUUAGGUUCAAUUGCUGGGUCAAUCAUCUUUAUUGCAUUACACUGGCUUCAGUUAGCAAUUUAUUGGUUAUUACACUGAAAAGUCUUUCCAGGAAAGAUUCCAACUCGUUGAUUGUAAAUGCAAUCAGUUAAAUGCACAAAUGAGUCACUUCAUUUAAUGCAUUUAUAUAUCAGACUUUAUUAUUCAUGUUUUGGUCAGCUUUACAGUAAUACUCUGCUCAUAAUCCAAAAGUGAAGACCAAUUUCACUUAGUAUAUUUUGUAAAUAUGUUUUUUGUUUUUUUUCAUGAUCAUGAAUUCAUAGAUCAACUGUAAAUAGUGUUUCAAUAAAUCCUGAUUUUCACCUUGCUUAUUCA